ACAUCCACCGGCGCUUCUUCCAUAGGCGGAGUGGUGUGUACAGACGAAGGGAGUACUGCGGCAGUCGACUGAGUCGCGGAAGGACAUCUUAUCCUGAAAAAGGAAGCAGUGCGGCUUCAGUUUAGCCGGUCUUUUACCGCAAGUAUCAGAGAGCAAGGAAGGACCCGCAUCCUCGCGUGAUGCUCCGCUUGAGACUGCAACAUUUCAUUUGAAAGACAUUUCAGUUGGGGGAAAAGUGUGUUACCUUUUGGAGGCUUUACAUUUUGAUAUAAUUCAACCGGAGAGGCUGACACCUCUCAAGCUUUGCAUCACCUGAGAGAAGACAGACUGCGCCACCAUGGGGUAUGGCCGGUCAGACAGUUACCGCGUGGCAACCACGCAGGAUAAAGACAAGGGGUCCCCCAAGAAGAAGAAGGGGAAGGACCUUGAUGAGCUGAAGAAGGAAGUACCACUGACGGAACACAAGAUGUCCAUAGAGGAGGUAUGCAGGAAGUACCAGACUGACAUUGUCCAGGGUCUGACCAAUGCCAAGGCGGCAGAGUAUUUGAUCCGGGACGGCCCUAACACCCUCACCCCUCCCCCCACCACCCCCGAGUGGGUCAAGUUCUGUCGCCAGCUGUUCGGCGGCUUCUCCAUCCUGCUGUGGACUGGCGCCAUCCUGUGUUUCCUGGCGUACGCCAUCCAGGCUGCCACGGAGGACGAGCCUGCGGGAGACAACUUGUACCUGGGCAUCGUGCUGUCAGCCGUGGUCAUCAUCACCGGCUGCUUCUCCUACUUUCAGGAGGCCAAGAGCUCCAAAAUCAUGGAGUCCUUCAAGAACAUGGUGCCACAGCAAGCCCUUGUGAUCCGCGAGGGGGAGAAGAUGCAGAUCAACGCUGAGGAGGUUGUGGGCGGAGAUCUGAUCGAGGUGAAGGGAGGAGACCGAAUCCCUGCUGACAUCAGGGUCGUCUCCGCGCACGGCUGCAAGGUUGACAACUCCUCUCUGACUGGCGAAUCAGAGCCUCAGAGCAGGUCACCUGACUGUACCCAUGACAACCCCCUGGAAACCCGCAACGUUGCUUUCUUCUCCACCAACUGCGUGGAAGGCACGGCUCGUGGAAUUGUGGUGGGCACCGGAGAUCGUACCGUCAUGGGCCGCAUCGCCACCCUCACCUCCGGCCUUGAGUCGGGCAAGACACCCAUCGCCAAGGAGAUCGAGCACUUCAUCCACCUGAUCACGGGCGUGGCCGUGUUCCUGGGCCUCACCUUCUUCGUGCUGGCCGUCAUCCUGGGCUACAGCUGGCUGGAGGCCGUCAUCUUCCUCAUCGGCAUCAUCGUGGCCAACGUGCCCGAGGGGCUGCUGGCUACCGUCACUGUGUGUUUGACCCUGACCGCCAAGCGCAUGGCCAAGAAGAACUGCCUGGUGAAGAACCUGGAAGCUGUGGAGACCCUGGGCUCCACCUCCACCAUCUGCUCCGACAAGACAGGCACCCUGACCCAGAACAGGAUGACCGUGGCCCACAUGUGGUUCGACAACCAGAUCCACGAGGCCGACACCACAGAGGACCAGUCUGGUGCCUCCUUCGACAAGAGCUCCGUGACCUGGGUGUCCCUGGCCCGCGUGGCCGCCCUGUGCAACCGCGCCCAGUUCAAAGCCGGCCAGGACCAGCUGCCCAUCCUGAAGAGGGACGUGGCGGGCGACGCCUCCGAGUCGGCCCUGCUCAAGUGCAUCGAGCUGUCCUGCGGCUCCGUCAGGACCAUGAGGGACAAGAACAAGAAGGUGGCCGAGAUCCCCUUCAACUCCACCAACAAGUACCAGCUCUCUGUGCACGAGACCGAGGACCUCAAUGACAACCGCUACCUGCUGGUGAUGAAGGGCGCCCCGGAGAGGAUCCUGGACCGCUGCUCCACCAUCAUGCUGCAGGGCAAGGAGCAGCCCAUGGACGAGGAGCUGAAGGAGGCCUUCCAGAACGCCUACAUGGAGCUGGGAGGACUGGGAGAGCGAGUGCUGGGCUUCUGCCACCUGCUCAUGCCAGAGGACCAGUACCCCAAGGGCUUCGCCUACGACUGUGACGACGUCAACUUCCAGACGGACAACCUGUGCUUCGUGGGUCUCAUGUCCAUGAUCGACCCUCCCCGUGCCGCAGUGCCUGACGCCGUGGGAAAAUGUCGCUCGGCUGGCAUCAAGGUCAUCAUGGUCACCGGGGAUCACCCAAUCACAGCCAAGGCCAUCGCCAAGGGAGUGGGCAUCAUCUCCGAGGGCAACGAGACGGUCGAGGACAUCGCUGCUCGUCUGAACAUUCCUGUCAGCCAGGUCAACCCCAGGGAUGCCAAGGCGUGUGUGAUCCACGGUACGGACCUGAAGGACCUGAGCCAGGACCAGAACGACAUCCUGAGGAACCACACUGAGAUCGUGUUCGCCAGGACCUCCCCCCAGCAGAAACUCAUCAUCGUAGAGGGCUGUCAGAGACAGGGCGCCAUUGUGGCUGUGACAGGCGACGGCGUCAAUGACUCUCCCGCUCUAAAGAAGGCCGACAUCGGCGUCGCCAUGGGGAUCUCGGGCUCCGACGUAUCCAAGCAGGCGGCCGACAUGAUCCUGCUGGACGACAACUUUGCCUCCAUCGUCACUGGCGUGGAAGAGGGUCGUCUGAUCUUCGACAACCUGAAGAAGUCCAUCGCCUACACCCUGACCAGCAACAUCCCUGAGAUCACCCCCUUCCUGUUCUUCAUCAUCGUCAACAUCCCCCUGCCCCUGGGCACCAUCACCAUCCUCUGCAUCGACCUGGGAACCGACAUGGUGCCAGCCAUCUCCCUGGCGUACGAGUCAGCCGAGAGUGACAUCAUGAAGCGCCAGCCCAGAAACCCUGCCAGGGACAAGCUGGUGAACGAGAGGCUCAUCAGCAUCGCCUACGGACAGAUCGGUAUGAUCCAGGCUCUGGGAGGGUUCUUCUCCUACUUUGUGAUCCUGGCUGAGAACGGCUUCCUGCCUUCUAUCCUGGUGGGCAUCAGGCUCAACUGGGACGACCGCGCCUGCAACGACCUGGAGGACAGCUACGGACAACAAUGGACAUACGAACAGAGAAAGAUCGUGGAGUUCACCUGCCACACAGCCUUCUUCGUCAGCAUCGUGGUGGUGCAGUGGGCCGAUGUCAUUGUCUGCAAGACCAGGCGUAACUCUGUCUUCCAGCAGGGCAUGAGGAAUAAGAUCUUGAUCUUUGGCCUGUUUGAGGAGACGGCACUGGCUGCUUUCCUGUCCUACUGCCCCGGCAUGGACGUGGCACUCAGAAUGUACCCACUAAAGCCUAGCUGGUGGUUCUGUGCGUUCCCCUACAGUUUCCUCAUCUUUGUGUAUGACGAGGUCCGAAAACUGCUCCUCCGCCGGAAUCCAGGAGGUUGGGUGGAAAAGGAGACAUACUAUUGAUCGAUGGAAAGCUUCUUUACUCAAACCCCUACAUCAUCCAUUUAUUUCUCCCCUGCCCACUCCCCCCCCCACCCACCCCUUCACUCCAUCCUGGCAGAACGUACCUUCAGAUGCCCCCUGCGCCCUCUUAAAAGACGACAACCGCUUCCAAGCAAUUUUCAUCUCGACUGCCCCAAAGAUUAAAAGCAGCAAAAACCCCUUUCCCACUUUCUACCAUGAACCACCUCCCCCCCACCCUCCCCCACCGCCCUCCCCCCACACCCUCCCCAUCCCUUAUGAUACUCUUUGCAUGUGUUCUCUCACUGCUGUGUACAUAAACCAAUAUAUCUACCAAAACGGCAGCUGCAUAUUGUGUAUGUAGAUUUGAAUGGGCUAAGAUGCAACGGGAGUGUCUACGCUCUGCAACCAAGGGCCAUCCUGCUCCCUCUCCUUCCACACACCCCGCCACCCCCCUCCUACCUCCGUUCCUCCCCCCCCUCCCCGUGCCCCGUCGCUUGUCCUUCAACCACACACAGUUAUAAAGAUCAUGAGCGAGAUUCCUUUGCCCCCCCCCCCAUCCCCCCCCCUCCCCUCAGUCGAACCUGAGCGCCACCUCGCCACUUCGCCACCUCGCUGUCUGCAGGGGAAGAGCAGAACGGCUCUCUCUCCGUCUCUCGUUCUCUCUGUCUCUCUCUCACUCCGUCCAUCUCCGUUCUCUCUUCAUUUCUUCACAGUGUUGUUUUUUAAUAUGUGGGAUUGGGAGGGUCGAUUUUUGGUUUUACUCGUUUUUUUAUUUCUGUAACAGGAGGGGGAGUUUGUGUGAGAGCUGCUUCCUUCAUUUAGGGUCAAACGAAGCACAUCCCAUAGUGUCCCAGUGCUCCUCCCCUCCCCAAACCAGUCUCUCUCACUUUCUCACACUCCUCCCCUUCCCUCUGCCCUGUUUGUCUCUGUUUGUGUGCACUGUGUGAACCAUUGUCCUUGUUACCUACUACAGUACACUUCCCAGUUGGAAAAAUACAGUCUUAACAAUCUUUCUGUGUGUUCUAGAAGAAAAAAAAAAUACAAUAUUAUUCUAUACAGAUUUAAAGAAAUAAAAAUAAACACAUGUUGGAAAUAAACAGCUCUAAAAGAGGCAUUGGUGAAAAAGAGCUUCCACAUUGCCGUGACUGAAGACGAGGGGGGUUCUCUCUCCCUCUCUCUUUCCUUUCUCUUUUUCAUUUGGUUUUGAUUCCGUUUUUUUUUUGGCUCGGGUUUCCAGUAAGUCGACAUAACUACAAAAUCAAAAGCAAACGGGAGUUUGGUUGUGUUUUUAUUAAGAAGCGUGAGACCGAAACCACAACGCUCCUUGUUCAUAGUCCCUACUGUUGAUGUUGCCAGGGUGACGCGGCGCGGCAUGGGUUGGGGUGUGAUGUUGCUCAAUCCCAUCUUCCCAGGGUCUGGGUCCAGGUUCCUGGUCCCGGCCCGAGGUCUCGCGUUCUGUGUGAAUGUUUGUGUUGGAGACCAGCUGAGGGACGGAAGGGCGGCCUCAGGUGGGGGACGACUCUGUGGGCUGUGGGGGUAGAGACUAAAGAAAAACGAGAAAACAAAA